AUGGCACCUACUGGAUCCUUAGAUGCGUUCGGAGGUUUCGCUGGUCCCGCAUCCAAACAGUUCUAUGUGGCGACAUUUUCUGUGGAAGUUUGCGUGUUCGCGGCGUUUCUCAUCUCGUAUGUGAUCGGAACGUGGUGCCUCUUCUUCUGCGCACAGUCGAAGCAUCCGCUGCGCCCUUUGACAGUGGUCCUAUUCGUCGCCAACACGGUUAUGCUUUGGCUCGCAGUCGCGCAUAUGGCCCUCGAUGCUUGUGGCGCUGUUCGCGGAUUCACUGAGGGCCCGCCGCUCUUCGACGCGAUCAAGUUCGUGAUAUACGUCUUGGAGACCCUGAUAGGAAGCAGCUUUAUGAUUUACCGGCUAUACCGCGUGUAUAGUCGGCGCUGGCGGGUGAUCAUCAUCCCAUCUGUCUUGCUUGUGGCUGCCGGAAUCAUCGGCAUCUCCUCCACGUUCCUUGGGGUACCCGGGUUCUACAUGUCCGCCGGGUUUUACUCGCUCGAGCUCAUGGUUGACGUUAUCUCCUCGAUUAUGAUCUUGGCCCGAGUCAAGGAAAUCGGGUGUGACUCCCAGCCGACUCACGCCAGAAACAUCCAGAUGUGGAGAGUGAUUGAGGCGCUUGUCCAGUCUACAGCGAUCACCUCGGCCGCGUCAAUGUCGCUCGUCAUCACCUUCGUCAACAGUACAUAUAUCGGAUACCCUACUUGUCUCAACGUUCUCCCGCCGCUCAUUGCACUCGUGUUCUCGCUCACCGUUCUGCGUAUUGCGCUCAACAGUGGCAGGAAGGCUACGCGGUCUGAAUCAGGUCAUUCCUGGGGCAUAUCUGAUCAUGGGUCGACGAUGGCAACAGCUGAAAUGUCUUCCAGUACGUUGGAAGAUGCCGAGGAGAAGGAAUUCACUCUACCGAUAUACGUAUCCACAACGACUAUCGUGCAGCACGACCUCCCGAAACACCCCGGUUUCUCC